UGCCAAACACAGUCGAUCCGAUUGGCUUUCGAUUUGUCCAACGCUGUGAUUUUGUGUGCGGAGGGAUUGUGGACUUUUCGAAGGAAGCUGCGAACUAAUUAUUUCCAAAAAACUCAGUUAAAACGCAUGCAAAAGCAUAGAAAAAUGGGAAAAAGUGCGGACGAAAGUACACCAGCCGCACCUACCUUCCGUAUCAUUCGCGAAGUCUACGAAAGCACCAAUGCACAUGAACGCUUUGAAGCUGAAUUGGACAAAGCGUUGGAGGCUAAGGUGGACUACAUAAUAAUUGAACCACCAAGGCUCGGCGACGAGACGGGGCGUUGGAUAACAGUUGGCAAUUGCUUGCACAAAACUGCUGUAGUUUCAGGAGUGGCUUCGCUCAUAUCAAGUUUGCUUUGGCGGGAUCGACCAGUUAUCGCCGCUCCUAUGUGUGCUGUGUCACUUUUCUGCACGGGUUUAUAUACAGUAUCGUGGAAUUAUGAUCCCUGCUGCCAGUAUCAGGUAGAAAACGAUGAUGAAAUACUUAGCAAAUUACCAAUCGGAGAUGUAUCUGCGCCUGUGAUCUUAGGCUAUUCUCCAAAUACCAAAACAAAGUACUUGCAUCGCAGCAUUACUCUGUUCUCAGCAGCAUUCUGUGCAUGGCAAAUCUGGCGAUCUUACAAGUAGCUAGGUUUACCAGUGGUCCGCAGUAUAGUAUGAGGAGAGUUGCAUGCAAAUUUGUGAUUAUAAGAAAAGUAAAAUGUCAAUGAAGCAUGAUGUACAAAAUUAGCAUGUACAUUUUCAAAUGCCACACAUAUAGUCACGCCACGCCACUAUGCUCUCACGACCGCAACCACAACCGUAACCAACAGCAGUACCCAAUUAUCCAGCACAGAUGAAAUCGGAGACUCCGCAGCAACGAUAACAACCGGAAUAGCUCAGAAUGGAUCAAGUAAACAGUUGGCAGUUAUUGAUCGAAAGACAUCCCACUUUUUUUCUAUUUAAUAUAAUUCACUAAUUUUUAUUUUAUAAAUUUUUACAAGUAAUAAGAAUGAACAUAAGUAAAUAACGAGGUAGUAUAAAAACGAAAGCGAAAAUAUGUUUGGGAUUAAUUUGGAUGUUACACACUUAGACAACAUUUAGUCAUUGGCAUGGAACUUUUAAAGAAAAGAAUAGUAAUUUUUUUUUUUUGUAUAUUCCAAAGUUUUGCUUAGCUGAAAGUUAAAAUGGUUGAAAGGCAAAUUUUUAAAUUUUUAUAUUUUACUUCGCUUUUAAAAACUAUAUAUGUAUUUGCUAUAACGCUGUGUUCCUACUGUAUCUUUAUGAGCUCUUUUUUUCACGAUUAUGCCAUAAAGUGAGUAUGGAAUUUCCUCGGUCAUCUGCAUUAUACUUACCAUUUUGUGUAAAAUAACCGGCAUUCAGCUGCAGGAAACUACAUUCUCAUUGAAUAAUUUUGUAUUGUUUUAUUCGUUUAGGUUAUAAAGCCAACUAAAAAGUAAAUAAGUAUAAACAAAAAAAAAUCCAAAUAAAUGUUUAGUAAUAAAACGAUAGAUGCAAUUUCGGAAUCGACUUUUAGAAGAUAACUUGUGUUAAAAAAAAA